AUGAUUUUGUUAUGUAGGUGCUAUGGCAUUAACACCUCACCUACACGUUCACAUACACCUCACCUACACCUCCGCCUCCGCCUCCACCUCACCUACACCUCCGCCUCCACCUACAUCUCCACCUCACCUCCACCUACACCUCACCUACACCUCCAUCUCCACUUCACCUACACUUCUGCCUCACCUACAUCUCCACUUCACCUCCACCUCAACUACAUCUCAUCUACACCUCACCUACAUCUACACUACACCUACAUCUCCACCACUUCACCUCCACCUCAACCACCUUCACUCUACACUACACCUCACCUCCACCUACACUACACACUCACCUACACACUACAUCACUACAUCUCACCUACAUCUCCACCACUUCACCUCCCUCAACUACAUCUCAUUACACCUCCACUCACUACACCUCACUACAUCUCCACCUCACCUACAUCUCCACUUCACUCACUCACUACAUCUCAUCUAACCUCACCUACAUCACCUACACCUACACUACACCUCCACCUACACUCACCUCACACUCACACCUACAUCUCCACUUCACCUCCACCUCAACUACAUCUCAUCUACACCUCACCUACACCUACAUCUACACUACACCUACAUCUCCACCACUUCACCUCCACCUCAACUACAUCUCAUCUACACCUCACCUCCACCUACACCUCACCUACAUCUCCACCUCACCUACAUCUCCACUUCACCUCCACCUCAACUACAUCUCAUCUACACCUCACCUACACCUACAUCUACACUACACCUACACCUCCACCUCACCUCCACCUACACCUCACCUACAUCUCCACCUCACCUACAUCUCAUCUACACCUUACCUACACCUACAUCUCCACUACACCUCACCUACACCUCACCUACACCUCCGCCUCACCUACACUUUAUCUUGUACCUUCUGCCUUUUUUCAGCCCCCUGGUCAUUGUGGAUAA